AUGGCCGAUUUAGGACAAUUUGAUGGGCUUGGUUUGUCGACAUAUUUACUGAAAAAGCUGCAGCGUAGAUGUAUAACGUCGAGAUACGAGCUGCUCAUCACAACUAAUGCAGAAUUAAUGGAAAUUACGGGUCUGUCGGAAAUUGCUCUUUUGGAAAUUAAACAAAAGUUGGGAGAAGACUAUUUCCCGCGCCAGCAAUGUAUUUUAUUUAAGAAAAAAACAAUUGCUAAAGUAUACAAAACUGGCAUCGAAAACUUCGAUAUACUAACCGCUAAAAUACCACUCCAAACUGGUAGUAUAUGGGAAAUUUGCGGCAAAUCAAGUGCUGGCAAAACUCAAUUGUGUCACACAAUUGCCCUUAAUUUCGUGGCGCAAUCACAUGGGACUGUUUUAUACAUCGACACCAAAGGUGACUUUUCAGGUACACGCGUCAUGGAAAUGUUGCGCACUCGAAAUGUACCCAAUAAGGACUGUGGGCGUAUAAUGCAAGAAGUACUGGUGGAGCGUACAAGCUCUGCUGAAGGCACAUGUGAUAUAUUAGAAAAACUGCUAACACAGUUGACGGCUGGAACCAACUCAGAUUUGAGUAAUUUAAAAUUAGUCGUAAUUGAUGCAUUGCCGGCAGUGUUUUUUACACAUCGCACGGAAACGGAGCAUUUAAGAGGAAAAUAUUUGUUGACGACAUUGAACAACUUAGUGUAUAAGUUAUCCAAAGAGCAUCAUAUCGCUUUUAUUUAUGUAAAUUUGCUAGUGAAUAUUGAAGAAGAAACACUAGCAGCCGAAGAUGAAGAAUAUGAAGAACAUAUUGAAGAAGUUACAGCAUCACCAAGCCAUGGUAGUGGCAAAGGUAUGCGUCCAGCUUUAGGUGAAUAUUGGAGCCGAGCACCUCGUUUGCGUUUAUCCAUUGGAAUACCCCCAGAUUCUUCUGCUAUGACAAAUGAACGCACACUAAGGAUAAUCAAAAGCUGCUAUACUGCUGCUGGUGGCAUGUGCAGCUUACGCAUAACAUCUGCUGGUGUUCUCUGA